AUGGCCGCCAUCGCAACCCCCGCCCACUGUGUCGCCGAUUUUUGUCUGGUCCCCAUCGGCACCUCGUCGCCCUCAGUCUCAGAGGAAGUCGCUGACAUUCAUCGGAUGAUUGAAACAUCCGGCUUGAAAUAUGUCAUGCAUUCUGCAGGCACAACCCUCGAAGGAUCCUGGGACCGGGUUCAUCAGGUUAUCGGACAGGCGCAUACGCUUCUUCACCAGAAGGGGAUUGUUCGGAUUCACACUGAUAUCCGCGUCGGGUCGAGGACUGAUAAAAUGCAGUCGUUUGAAGAUAAGGUGGCCAAGGUGCAGCAGUUAUUGGGAAAAUAA